GUCCCUAUGUGUUGUGUGUUUUUCAUUCCCCGAUUUGAUUUUAAUAUUUAAUAGUAAUAAAGGAAAUUACUAAAGAUUAAAUAAACAAAUCGUUUGUUUAGACUGAUCUUAAAUAAUUCAGUGCAACUAUUGGUUUGAUAAGACUGCUUUAAUUAAUUGAAUAUGGGAACUGUAUCAUAUUCUCAGAUAUGAUAGAUAAAUCGUACUGCUGACUAUAUUGUACAUAUUGGAUUGUAACUCCUACAGUAACCGUAGGUAUGAAGCAAUUGUAAUAUAAUGAACGGCUCUAGCAGCAUCGUUACUCGAAACUCUGAACUGAAACCAUCAGAAAACGGUAUCACGCAAAAUGCAUCGGCGUUAAACAUUGAUAGAAACAAAGCUACAGCUUCUAAUGCUCGCGAUGGCCAGGAGGAAAUACUUGACCUUAAAGGUAAAGUUGAAUCCCGCCUCUUAUCCAUGUGGAAUAACGUGAAGUUUGGUUGGACAGUAAAACUGAAAACAAGUUUUUCGAAGGAGUCACCAGUAUGGCUUUUGGGACGUUGUUAUCAUCGCAAACUAAGUCCUACUGGAUCAUUAGAAUCAUCUACAGAAAUUGGUACAGAAGCAACUGCACACCAGCCAAUGGAACAGAUAUAUGGAGAAGGCAUUGAAGGUUUUAAAUCGGACUUUAUCAGUAAAAUUUGGAUGACCUACAGACGAGAAUUCCCUACUAUGGCUGGAUCAUCAUUCACCACAGAUUGUGGCUGGGGUUGUAUGCUUAGGAGUGGACAAAUGUUAUUAGCUCAAGCUUUAGUUACUCAUUUUCUUGGAAGAUCUUGGAGAUGGUUUCCUGAUAAAUCUAUUCAGAAUGCUAGGGAAUUCCAAGAAGAUUGUCUACACCGUAUGAUAAUCAAAUGGUUUGGAGAUAAAUCAUCAGUAAACAGUCCUCUGUCCAUACACCAGAUGGUCAACCUCGGUGAGGCAUUAGGCAAGAAGCCAGGAGACUGGUACGGCCCUGCAUCUGUUGCACACUGCUUGAAAGCAGUUAUGGCUGCAGCUUCAAAGGAAAAUUAUGAGUUUGAUAAUUUGGAAGUUUAUGUUGCUCAAGAUUCAACAAUAUACAUUCAGGAUGUAUAUUCACUAUGUCGCUUACCAAAUGGAUCAUGGAAAUCUCUUAUUCUUCUAGUACCAGUAAAAUUGGGUUCUGAUAAAUUUAACCCUAUAUAUGGCCCUUGCUUAACAUCACUACUUACAUUAGAUUUCUGCAUAGGCAUUAUAGGGGGCCGGCCCAAACACUCACUAUACUUUGUUGGGUACCAAGAUGAUAGACUUAUCCAUCUGGAUCCCCAUUAUUGCCAGGAAAUGGUUGAUGUCUGGCAACCCAACUUUUCAUUACAGUCAUUUCAUUGUCGAUCUCCAAGAAAGAUGCCUCUUAGUAAAAUGGAUCCAUCAUGCUGCAUAGGCUUUUACCUAGGAACACAACAUGAUUUGGAAACAUAUAUUAAUAUUAUUCAGUCAUUCCUUGUACCCCAAGGAGUUUCCGCUAAUUUUGAGUAUCCUAUAUUCACUCUAAAUAGUGGGUCUUGUAGUAAUGUAAUGAACUAUCCAAAUAUAAGAUACUCUAUUUAUGAAACAGAGCAAAACUGGGUGACUCCAAACAUCCAAGACAGUGAUACAGACAUUGAAUCUGAGGAAUUUGUUUUGGUGUGAAUUGAAACAACAGUACUUCAACUAUUACCAAAUAUAUAUAAUGUAGCUCUUAAAGUUCUUAUCUUCAUUACACAAAUUGUUAAUGUUGCAUAUUUGUUAGAAAAAUAUCUAUAGGUGUCUGAUAUGAUUAAGGUUAAAGAGAAAUAUCCUGUAACAGUUACAUUUUUAUUAUAAAGAAGCCGACAAAAUAAAUUAUUAGCAUAAUAAAA